AUGAAAGAAGCAUACGAACUUUAUGGACAUGAGAUGCCGGUAGCUUUCUUCACUGAUAAUGUGCAAAGCGAUAAACGAUUCUUGGAGAGCAUCUUCGACUCUUUGAAGGUCAUUCAAGAGGUCCCACGUCAGCAAGAGACUGCAAACAGCAACGCAAACCGGUCAUUCCUCAGGCUGCCAAAUGAUGUUGAGAUAGAUUAUCUCAAUCGUGAUGUAGGGUUGAUUAUUAGGAAGAUGAAGGAUCUGAAUGACAAGUUGACCGUCGAGAGAAACGCUGGCAAGCCCUCGGUUAUUGGACUUGACACAGAGUGGAAUGUGAAUGACGAUCCGCAUUACGAUCAAGCUGAUGUCAUUCAGAUUGCUCAUGGCAAUACAGUGGACGUCCUGCAUAUUGAUAGAUCCUGGCCCGCACUUCCCAAGGAGCUUGUAGAUGUGCUUGUAAACGCUGAUAUCAUGAAAGUUGGAAGAAGUAUUGGUGUUGAUUUCUCUCGUCUCAAUAACCGGUUCGGAAUUGAAUGCAAAACGAAGUUAGAGCUAGGAUCAUUCUGCUCUGCACGGCAGCUAAUCUCAACAGGUACAAUGUCAUUGUCAGACAUUUCGCUAUGUAUACUUGGUGCCCCUCUUGAUAAAGGCUCUCAAAGAAGCGAAUGGAAUAUGGCUGACCUCUCGCCAGAUCUUCUAAAUUAUGCUGCAAUUGAUGCUUGGGCUAGUUUGGCCAUCUACAGUGUUGCUGCGAAUCAUCUGCCUGCUGGUAAUCGUGUGCUUCCUACCUGUCCAGUUGGUUCCUUUGUAGAUGUGAUGCCUCCACGAAACAGUCAAGCUGUUGCCUACGGCGAAAUCGUAGUUAAUGGUAGCACAGCAACUGUAAGAAUUACAAAAGUAUAUGUUCCUGGAUAUCUGGCAAAUGGUAUUGCUUUGCAAACAUAUGGUGAACCACCAUUUGAACUGAGAGUUCCUGCAGCUCAUCUCAUCACAGCUGCUUCACCAUCUGAAGCCUCGAGUAUUUCCUCUGCUAAUCCUACCGCCACUAGCGAUCCUGUAAUAGCUACGCCAGUAAGCAAUCCCAAUGCUAUCAUGGAGUCAGAAAUUCAGUCAAAGAUGCAAGAGAUUUUUGGUGAUGCUAUAGACAGGGUUGACAAGGCUGGCUUUACCAGUGGCUAUCGACAGUUUGCUUGGUAUAAUGCUGAUCCCAAAAUUGCUUUUACUCGCGUCGUCAAACACAUUUUUCAUUUGGUGGAUAUGAUCAAGCCUUGUAAGAGACACACCUUGUAUAAGCAAUUCACUAGAAAAUUUAGUGAAAGCUUAUUUACGAUUGAUGAGACUGACAAAGAAAAGGUCAUCGCGGCAUUUGCACAGAAAAGACUUAGGGAUCCAAGCUUUACACACACCUGGGAUUCGAAGAUGAAAUACGAUCGUGCGUGGUUGUGGAGAAGAGUACGAAGAAAGGUGUCUGCUCCUGAAGUGUUGCUUCCUCUUUUAAAAUCCUUGUUUCUUUCUUACGGCCCUCUGAAGUGCGCAAAAUCUGGAAGAGCACUGUUUGAUAAAAAAUCUUGGGAUCAAGCAGCUGCUGUCUUGAGAACAGUGCAAUUAGGCCAUGUAUCUGAUCCGCCAGAUGUACAAUUGUACAUUAAGACAGGAAAAUUGGACGAUCUCAAGCUGACACUCUAUAGAUGCAUCCGUGGAACAAACUCUUUAGAAGGCGGAGUCCACCAGAACUUGAUUCGCAAGUUUGGGUCGUUUGGUGCUGGUCCAGAGCUGGCUAAUGCGAUGCUUACUGAAUACAGGCUGAGACAUAAUCUCGACGUGGGUUCAAAGAACAGGCAUUCAGUCAUUUACAAAAGCCAUUAUGAUCCCUGGCUAGUUCAGCAUAUUGAUCUCUUGCGUCAAAAAAUGGGAUUCAGUGCUGACACAAGAAACAUCGCUUUGUCUGUGAAUGCUUUGGAAUAUUGCGGUUCUGGUGAGCUCUUUGGUAUAUGCCCUUUACCAAAUGAAGAGAUGGUCAAAUUGCUCCAAGACACUGUCUUCAUGAAAGUUGGGUCAACUUUGCGCUCACAUCUUGACCGUUACAAGUUUGUUGCAAACAAUCAAUGUACAAAGUUUGCCGUGCUUGCUGUCCAUACGAUGAAGGAGAAAUCCGAAUUCAGGGUCAUUUAUGAAACUCACUACAAGAAUAGCAACAAUAGAAGGAUAAAUUUUGUUGAUUUUGCCAGCAAGUUCAAUGAAAAGGCCAACGGUAUUGAUAUAUUCUAUAAAACCACGGACCAUCUCGAGAAGUAUUAUAAAGAUUUUGAAUUACAAGACGGAGUAUCCAAAACAGAGGAGAUUCAUCAAAUAGCUUUGAGACUCAUUGAGCAUCAAGUCGUCUCCACUAAUCAGCCUUCUCAACUACUGCCUGCAGCAUCGCCAAGAAUACCGUCUAUCAACAAUGCUUUUGCUCUCGUUUCUGCAGCCACAAUUGAUGCACAAAUACCGCCGCCAUCUGUUUCAUUGCAACUGCUUCAACCGCAAUCACAACAGCCACACCUACAGCACAAUGUCCUCCCUGCUGGCUACUAUUUCCAGCCAUCAUUGCCCGUUCCUAGCCACAGACUACAAGAUGUCUUGCCCGUUCCUGACCACAGGCCCCAAACUGCCUCGCUGGUCCCAACACACAGGUCCAUCUCACCUCGACUGCAGAUGUGCCAUCCACAUCCCUACCAGAAAGCGCCAGUAAUAACAAAAAGGGUUACAGCAAGAAAGUGUAAAGGUUGUGGAAGUGAAGUCUGCAAUGGUAAAAACAAACGAACAGACUGUAGUAGUCCAAGAUGUUUGAAAUGUGCUGCGACAUCUGGCUGUCCAGGUAUCUGGGAUGCCAAAAAUUGCAACAGGUGA